AUGUUGUUCACUAAUAACAGCCAUACAGUUAGUUGGCUCUGCCCGGGGGACGCAACAGCAGAGAGGCAAAACAGCUUGAGCUGCGAACGAAUAGGGACCUUGGGAACCUGGUUUCUAGGAGACAGACUUACGCAAGAAUGGAUCAACGGCUCUGGUCCACAGCUUUUGUGGGCUUACGGACCGGCUGCAACAGGAAAGACAUACAUCAGCUCCCUUGUUGUGGAUCAUAUCCGCUCAGAGGAGAACCGCUCAGGAGUCGCGGUAUACUAUUUUGAUGACAACCAUCCGCAAUAUAACGUCGCGGACUUUGGUGUUGCAUUUCCUUCGUUAUCCAGACAGCUCGCUGCUCAGCUGACUGACUCUGCUGCUGAAACUUUCUAUCGAGCAGAAGAGCGCUCUCCCCCCUCUCUCGACGACGGUAAACCGAUUGGUUUCUGGAACCUGAUUCACUCGCUUUUUGGCUCUAUCUUCGUGGUCUUUGAUGGUGUUAAUGCCUCUGAAGAUGCACUGAAGAAAAUACUCGUCCAUAUUGGGGCCAAUAAUACCCAGGGUUCUCGUUUGCACAUUCUCAUAACCAGUCGUUACCCGCCACCCCGUUCACUUCUCCGAGCCUACGAAUUGCCAACCAUAGUAACGAGGGCAAGCGAGGAUGAUCUCAUGUCUUUCAUGGUGCACGAAAUUGACAAUGUAUCUGCCGAGAAAAACCCAUCUGCAAUACCCAAAGACGUCCGUGAAAGUAUGCUCAAUGUUAUAGAAAUGUUGGACGGCGUAUUUCCACCGCUACCUCGGCAAAGAGAUAUGUCAGAGGCAUUGGACGAACUAGCUCAAGUUCUAUCUAAUGAUCCCCCUUCAACAAAAUACAAGAAGCUUAGCCAGCUAGCAUUGGCUCAUUUAGCAAAAGCAGAACACGGACAAAAUGUCCUUCAAGUGUUGUACCUAGUGUCCACACUAGAAGAACUCGGCUAUACGCCGACAGUAUCCCAAGUUGUGGACUACCUACCUUUUCUCGGAAUACAUAAAACAGAAGACAGUCGCUACACCUCCGAUGACAUCGCAAACAUGUGUGCUGGCUUGGUCUCUUUCAGCACUCGCAUCAAAGCGAUGCGAAUCCAGUCCUCUAUUCUUCAGAAUCAUUUGCGUGAAGAAGCUUCCAAAAAGAACACCAAAGGGACGAUGCUUCGCGCGGCCAUGUCCUACCUAUCACAAGAAGAUUUCCAGAGCGGAGCCUGUAGUUCGUCAGCGAGUCUAAAGCAGCGAUUCCAAGCCCAUCCUUUCCUGCCAUACGCUGCAAGAAUCAUUUCAGUCUAUACGUCCAGAGUACCUCACCGACAGGAAGAGCUUGGCGCCUUCCUACGGUUCGCCUCUCACCGCGGCUCUAUCGACUCCUACCUCCAGGCAGCAGGGGCCUGGCCGUACCAGGAUGAUGACAGCUAUGACGAACUUGAAAGCUCUGAGCAGCGCUGGCCGUAUUUCCCGCGUGGUUAUGGACCGCUCCAUGUUGCUGCCCAUAUUGUGGGUGGCCGUGUCUUUAUCAAGGCACUACUCGAACAGGGCGAGGACAUCGAGGCGAAAUCAAAGAACGGGCAGACGGCGUUGCAUAUUGCUGCAGGGAUUGAAGAUGAGACUGAAACGGCGAGGACUCUUCUUGAACAUGGGGCAAACGUGUCGGCGGUUGAUGUCGGUCUCGAGACGCCGCUGUCUAUUGCUGUUGUCGAGGGGGGUCUGGAGACGGUAAAGCUACUUGUCGAGUUUGGUGCUGAUGUUGGGAGUCUGGAUACAUCGGUACUGGUGGAGUGUGCUGAGAGGCGAGAUGUUGUUGAGUAUUUGACCGGUAUGGGCGUAAAUAUGCCAGAUGUUGAGGUGGGGGAUGAGGAGGAAGAUGAUUAUGAGGACUGGAUGCUUGCGGAAUAG